AGUGUGGUUUUUAGUUUAGUGAUGUAUUGUUAUUUUAAAUUUUUAAAAAGUUUUAUUUUGUCACUAUUCCAGAAUGGAUGAGAAAACGGAUAAAAUGGCAAGAAUACCCCGUGAGCUUAUUCAUGAACAACAUGAAAGACUUUCUAAUAAGCAUAUUCAGACACUUAGUUUCUUACAAGAGAUGGCCAAUGAAAAUAAAACAUUGCGUGAAAGAGUGAAACAUUUGGAGGACAAACUAGAAGGAUACAAGGAUUUAGAUGAUAUUACUAACAACAGAAAAGAGGAAAUGCAGAAAGUUAAGGAAUCCUUCUUAGCUCGGGCUGAAGAUAUAAACAAACUUGCAGAAAAGCACCAAACAGAGAUUAGAUUACUUGAGGAGGAGAAAAUGGAGUUGGAAAGAACACUGAAGGAACAAAUACUUAAAAUGCAUCAUGAGAUUGAAUCUCUUAAAGAUGCAAAUCAAGAUUUGAGAGAAACUGCAAAAGAGGAUGAGGUGGAGGAAAACAAACAAAAGAUUAAGGAAUUAACAAAACAGAAUCAAAUGAUGCAAAAACAAAAUGAAGAGUUAACUGAGGAAAUAGAAUUAUUAAGAAGUGAUUUAGAAAUACUGCAGUCAAAGAAAGCCAAAGACAUAUCCCAAUUGCAAGAAGUGUUUUCAGAAAAUAAACUUUUAAAACACAGUUUACAGGAUUCUCAGCAAAAGAUCAAUGAACUGGAAUAUAAACUUGACAAAGCUUUGAGUGAAUUAUCCGAAAAAUUAAGAAAUGAGGAUGAUUUCAGUGAAAUUGAAGAAUUAAAAGAGACUGUGAAACAGCUGUUACUUGAAAAAGAAGCAAAGGACAGUUUUGUUAGUCAAAUGAAAUUAGACAUGAAGGAUUUACUAGAACUAAAAAAUGAUCUAAUGCUCGCCAAUAACCAUCUACAAUCUAAACUUGACAGCAUGUUUAUUGAGUAUGGGCACCUUCUCCUAGAACUUGAGCAGCUAAAAAAAUAUUGCAAUGAAGUCCAGGAUAAAAAAACAUUCAAAGACUUUGUUCUACUGAAAAGAGAAUUGAAUUCGCUCAAAGACGAGAAUGAGACGCUUAAACUUAGAAGUAAAGCAACUGCAUUGUCACACUUAAGAGAGCCAGAAGCUCCAGCACCUGUCUUGAAACCUCAGAAAAAACAUUCACUAGACGGUACUCGCAGUGGUGCCAAAAAAUUGAUGGCGAUUACACUUGGAAGCAGCGCAUCUUAAGUGAAUUGAUUGAAAGUUUUUAUGCAUUUAUUUGUAUUAACAUUGGAACAUUAUUCUCUGUAAUUAUCUUAUGUAAAUAAAUAAAAAAUUCAUAUUGGAGAUA